UUUCGUGGGUUUCUUUCACGUAAAGAAUUUCCCUUUGAUGCCCAUGAUAUUAAUAAUACAUAAUAAAAUAAUAAUCAAUAUUCACUCGAGCAUUAUCAAAGUGCAUAUAUCUAUCAAUUUCGUUCUGAACUGAUACACAACCAACCUGGACUCGAAAGUCGAAGUGUCCUUUGGGUUUUUUUUUCCUUUUCUAAUUUUGGAUGCAUGGGCGCGACUUUCUGGUCAUUGGGCACGAGAAUGUCGUGCCCCAAUAGUUUCGAAAUCCGAACGUUGCUUAGGCGGGAAUUUUCCCGCUUAUGCAGUUGGGCACGAAAGCAUCGGCCCCGAUGCUCUGACAAGGCGUGCCAAUUGAGCAAAUGGGCGCGACACCAUCGGGCCCGAUGCUCUGACGUGGCGUGCCAACUGAGUAGAUGGGCACGACAAAGGGCACGACGAGGUCGGGCCGAAAAUUUCCCCCUUGUAAGAAUAAAACCAGAUUCGAGGAGCAUUCCAUUUCAGUUCUUCUUCUUCUUCUGAAAUCCCUACUCUCUAACGACACCGUCGGCUCAGUCCUUCCCAAAUCGCAGAAGUUAGUCUCUCUUUUCGGUGUUCUCUAUCUUUGGAAAAAACUUGCAUUUUAAAGUAUAAUGUCUGCAGAUGUUGCUAGAUACCAUGGAGGUGAUGGUGGGGGUGAGGACCCACCAGAUCCUACUAGGAUCCCCACUAAGUGUGAAUCUGCUUCUGAAGAUGAAGCUUUAGAAGCUGAAAAUGAGAUUUUUAAUUCUUCGAGAAAGAGGAAACGUGGUUGUAAUGUCCUUAAUGACUUAGAGGAUAGGAGGAAAAAAUCUUCAGUGCCGCUACCUCUUGUGUGUGACAUUCGUGCUGGUAAAAUAGUUGGACUAGAGAGUGACGCUUUUUCUCGUUUGAUUGGGAGAGAGAUUGGAAUUCACGUCCCAAGACAUUAUUGUAGUUGGGAAAAUGUGCCAAGGAUGCAUCGUGACUCAGUCUUCAACAGACUUCGGUAUUAUUAUGAUAUCGACAACAAUGAACACUCUGAGAUAAUUACAAAUAUUGCAUGUGCUGAAAUAGCAGAUAUAUAUAAGAAACGAAAGUUGUUAAGGCAUGUACAUUUCAAAAAACACUAUAAAAGUCCUGCAGAUUUUGAUAAUGUUGUUGCCCACCCGCCUAGUGAUCUUACUCCAGAGGAAUGGCUUCCUAUUUGUCAGAUUUUCACUAGUCCGGAGUUUAUUGCUCGUUAUAAAAUAAACGCAGAAAAUAAAAAAAUGAUGCAAUAAUACCCUACAACACAAGGAUCAAAAUCUAUGGCUAAGAGGCGUUUUGAAAAAGACGAGUUGGUUUCAACUUAUGAAAAACGAGCCAAUACUCCCGACGUUGGACCUGUUGAGGAGAUUGAAAUGAGUGCACACAAUGAAGUAUUUGGUGAAAGGCAUGAUCAUAAUCGAGGAGUGGGGAGAAAAUUAAAGGGAAAAUCUUCAUCGCGACGCACACAACUUUCUCAUACUCAAGAUAUGCCUAUGGAUCCCAGAGUGGAGCGUCAACUUGAAAAGUUGACAAGAACAAUGUUGUGGAUGUCUCAAAGGUUGGGACCUAAUGUUCGUCUACCUACUGAAGAGGAGCUGUUUGGAAUGCCAAUGCCUCUAACACAGACGUUUCAACCUCAAAUGUCUGGAGAUGGGUUUGCUUCAUCUUCACAGCCUGGGAAUUUCCAAUAUCACCAAGCGCAACAGUGUCCUAUUCCAUUUAUGUAUCCUUUGUCAUCACCUCAGCAAAUGUCCCCUUUUCCUUGGUUGUCAUCGCCGAUGUCGCAGUUGCAGGUAAAUUAUAUGCAACAUACACCGCAAAUGCAUCAAACUCAACAUAUGCAACAACAACCACUGCAAAUGUAUCAACAACCCUUUAUGCACCAGAUGCCAUCGAUGCAGCAGACACCACAGAUGCAGCACACACCACAGAUACAGCAGCAGCCUUCCAUGCAACACACACCACAGAUGCCACAACAACCUCCCAUGCAACACACACCACAGAUGCAGCAACAGACACCACAAAUGCACCAAAUGCAUUUGAUGCAACAGAUGCCACAUUUGCAACAGAUGCCUUCUAUGCAGCAGACACCUCAUAUGCAGCAGAUGCCUUCGAUACCAUCGAUGCAUCACAUGCCACCAACGUCUUAGAUGCAACAAUCGUCAUCGAUGCCAUCAAUGCAAUAGAUGCCCCACACACAGUAGCUGUACUACCCGCAAAUGCCAAAAGUAUUGCAGUAGCCUUACUAUCCACAAAUGCCGCAAAUUCCACAACAGCAGUCUUGAGAGAAUGGUGAUGAUGAUGAGGAGGAGUCCACACAAUUGGGAUUAUAGUAUUGUUAUUUGUGACUAUAUAAAUAUUGUUUAUUUGAACACUUAUUUUAGUUGUUGUAUGAAUGUGACAAUAUAUAAGUAUUGUUUAUUUGAACACUUA